GUCCAUGACAAUAUUCGCCAUGUGGCCAACGGCGACACUCGUAUAAUGCGUACAAACAAAUUGAUGAAACGAUAAACUUUAUAUUGUGUACUGGCUAUUUAUUGCGAAUAGUGCCGCGCGACUGACGCGUGUGAUUUAGUGAUUUUUAUUGCUAUUUAUAUGAUAGUAAAUGAAAUAAAAUAUAGUGUUUAUUGACGUGUUAUUCGAAUAAGAUACUGAAUACAUAAUUUUCUAAGAAAUGGAAGAUAUGAAUGUUGUGCAAGCGCACAAUUUACUCGGACAGAAAACACAAAUCCCAACGAAAAGGAAAGACAACGCGUUAACGAGAACACUACGAUCAUGUUGUGUGAUACCACAAAGGUAUAUUUUAGGUGUUAUGGGACUUCUCGGUGUGUGCAAUGCAUACACGAUGCGAGUUUGUCUAAAUUUAGCAAUAACACAGAUGGUCAAUCACACCAAAAGUGCUGGAUCCCAUUACGAUCCUGACGCAUGUCCUGAUGAUGAAGUAGUUGGUAACGCGACAGCGGCUUUAAGACCGUAUGCUACAUUUGAAUGGGACGAGAAGACUCAAGGGCUUAUUCUGAGCGGUUUCUACUACGGGUACGCGGCGACGCAGGUCCCUGGAGGCUACUUGGCUGAACGAUACGGUGGCAAAUGGACCCUUGGCGUGGGUCUGCUGAGCACAGCCUUAUUCACAUUCUUAACUCCAAUUGUUAUCAGAGCUGGAGGAGCAACUUGGCUCUUUAUACUUCGUGUUCUACAAGGAAUGGGAGAGGGCCCAACGAUGCCGGCUUUAAUGAUAAUGUUAGCUAGGUGGGUGCCUCCACACGAGCGAUCCUUCCAAGGUGCAUUGGUAUUCGGUGGUGCGCAGAUAGGAAAUAUAUUCGGCUCUUUCAUGUCCGGCGUGUUGCUCGCCGAUGGCAGAGAUUGGGCUUAUGUCUUCUACUUCUUUGGUGGAUUCGGUAUAUUCUGGUUCACGUUAUGGAGUCUUCUAUGCUACAGCACGCCGAAUACACACCCGUAUAUAUCUAAGAAGGAGUUAAACUAUCUAAACAAGAACGUAACAACGGCUGAGAAUAAGACCGCAAAGGAUCCGGUUCCGUGGAAGGCAAUAUUGCGAUCCGCGCCUGUCUGGGCGUUGGUGUGGGCGGCUGUCGGCCAUGACUGGGGUUAUUAUACAAUGGUAACAGACUUGCCGAAAUACUCUCACGAUGUGCUCAAAUUCAACAUAGCGACCACUGGCACGUUGACAGCCCUACCUUACAUCGCUAUGUGGAUUUGCUCCUUCCUCUUCGGUUUCGUAUGUGAUUUAUGCAUCAAGAAGGGAUGGCACACGAUCAAAACUGGCAGAAUUAUUCAUACAACUAUCGCCGCCACUGGUCCUGCGAUUUGCAUAAUCUUAGCUUCAUACGCGGGAUGCGAUCGCACAGCCGCUAUGGUUUACUUUAUUCUAUCAAUGGCACUAAUGGGUGGUUUCUACAGCGGUAUGAAGGUAAAUGCAUUGGAUUUGGCGCCAAAUUAUGCUGGAACUCUGACGUCACUGGUAAACACUACGUCUACCUUUGCGGGUAUUGUGACACCGUAUCUAAUUGGAUUGUUGACACCUGAUUCAACUCUAGUCCAGUGGCGUGCAGCAUUUUGGGUUUGUUUCGUGGUACUGGUGGGCACGAAUGUUGUGUACUGUAUCUGGGCAGACGGUCAACAGCAAUGGUGGGACGACGUUCGACAGUAUGGCUACCCUGAAGGCUGGAAACAUGGCUCAUUGAUACGUGAAGAGAUUCCUGAAGAACCAGAAUCUGUCAAAUUAUCUGAUAGAAAUGAUGGAUGACGAUGUGAGGUUCCAACAAAUUUGAUCAACAAACACAUAAU